ACCUCACACAGCGCACGCGCAGUCACUCCCAUCAACCAGAACAAAAUUUGUGAGGCCUGUCUCCUCUUUAUGCGUCAUGAAACACGCGCUCUUGAAGUCGACAUAAAAAGAUUGACAGUCAUAAAAAGAGUAGAUUUAUUCCAUUUCAUAAAGCCAAGACGUCGUUUUCAUCAAGAUCCCGCUUCUUCAUUUGUCAUACCAGGACCGCCUUCUCUUUUUGUUCGAUCGUUUCUUUUUUCCUUUUUUUUUCAAUAAAAAAAAAACACUGUGCAGUUCACUGACGGGUGUGUGCCAGCAUUUUCUUCUACUUGUGCACUUUGGAAUAGUAAUGCAUCAACAGAUUUGCCAGUGAAAAUCUUGAACUGUUGCGGCUUUUGAAGUUUAUUCUAUAACCGACGUUUAAAGAGGAAAGGUGAAAAUAGUUUACAAAAAUAAGUUUGUACGUACCGGAGUUUUUUAAGAUUCAAAAACAUUUUGUGUAAGAUUGCAUAUAAUGUAACUUCUAUGAUAUAGGAAAGUCAAGCUGCAGUAAGGUUACAAAGUGCAUUCAUUAUUCAGCAAUUUUGGAGGAAUCGACAUGACUUACGAAACUUUAGCUUUCUGAAGUCCACCACUGAUAAAUUGUGCAAUAACUGCUACCAUGCAUGAAACAUAGGUGACUGUGCUGCCAAGUAGUGAAAAGGGGAUUCUGCAACUUGCUCCGAGCUAGUCACUUUUAAAACUUCUGAAAACUUCAUGUUAUUGGCUCUGUAUUGAUUGCUGAAAUUCUCUAUUGAUGGUAUCCGUCAUGGGAUCCGUGUAUAAUCCUGACACGAUGAAUUUGAGCCAGUUCCCCUACGCCAUCGACCGAACCACCACCGUAGCCCCCCUCCUACCCACAAUGGAUUCACCCAACACCACAGAGGGGCUCACAGAGGAAGAGCACCUGGAAAUCUUGAACCGACAACGCGUUAUGUACUACAUCCCUGCCAUGAUCUGGGUCGGCGUACUUAUGUUCAUAGGGGUGAUCGGCAACUCUCUAGUUGUUUAUGUGUACCGACGCAGGUUCAAAAAGACGUCGUCGAACUAUUUCAUUUUAACAAUGGCAGUCUUCGAUCUGAUCUCUUGCGCCAUAGGGAUGCCAUUCGAACUGUACGAUCUGAACAAUCCUUUCACUUUCUACAGUACAGCAGGCUGUAAAAUUCUACGCGGUUGCGUAACUUUUACUAUAUUUGGGUCUGCGAUUAUUUUAGUGGAGAUUGCCUUUGAUCGAUACUUCAAGAUUUGUCGGCCUCUAAUGGUCGUAAGUCUGUCUAAAAUUCGGAUGCUCUGUGUCCUUGCAGUAUUUCUGGCUUUCUUAUUGUCAGUACCGCCCAUAAUUCUAUUUGGCACCACCAGGACCAACACGUCCAUCCCUAAUGUGAGGGGUCACGAUUGCUCCAUUGCAGAGGAGUACAAGAAAUCGACGUUUCAAACGGCUUUCUACACGACUCUCGCUGCCAUCUUUGUAGUGAUUCUUCUCAUCCUCACCGUUCUCUACACCCGCAUAUGGCUUGAGAUUCGUUGUCGCCGUCGUUUCGUUAUCGGAGACCAGAUCGCUCGCGAGGCAGAUGGCGAUAACCGUACGAUGAGGAUAAGGUACGUUCCAAGCUUGAGCGAGGAUGAAUCCUGCAACAACACUGUGUGUCAACACCACCACAACGGCUCCAUGAACGAACUGCAGCAUAUCUACAGCAACCGGCACCACCAAAGACAGCAAAGUCACAACCUCUCCUCGCAGCAGCAGCAGCAACAGCAAAGGCUGCAGGCGGGGAUCCCUUCCACGUCCUCCAGCGCGUCUACCGGAGAGCGCCGCUCCAAAAUCGGCUCAUCUCUGGCGUCGUACGCCUCACGCCUGAAGGUGACCCGCACUACAGUCGUUCUCUUCGCCGUCACAGUGGCGUUUAUCCUCAGCUACCUCCCUUCCAUUGCCGUCAUGGUCAUCCGUAGUGUGGACAAAGAUUUCGAGAGCACCCAGAGCGUCGCCUCGCUCGCCGUGUUGAAGAUUUUCUCGAACUGCUUCUUCAUCAACAAUGCUAUCAACCCCAUCAUCUACAGUUUUCUCAACAUCAACUUCAGACGUCAAGUGAAGAAAACUGUCCGUCGCGUUCUCUGCUGCUUCCGUCGCCGCCGCUACCCUCCGCAAAAGAUGGACUCCGAUAGAAGUACAAAGAAAGAAUUCAUUCUAAAAGACUGAAGAAACACGGCCGUUUUCACGACAAGCAAGGGUGUGUACACGAUAGUUUAUUCACUUGUCCAAGAAUGAGUUUACUGUUGAUGAUUCGUGAAGUCGACCGGGGUUCAGAAAGCUUCAUUUAAAAUCAAUUCAAUGACAAAGUAAUUAGAAUCUUUGUAAAGAGCACCUAUGGACAAAACUAUAGGGACUCUAAAUGUACGGAACUGAGAAACGCAUGCUGCUUCAGUGAUAUCAGCACUUUUAACCGUGAUUUGGGACUAGACCAUGAUCGAAAUCGACAGGUCAGUUUACCCUUUGGGACUUCCAAAGACUGCCAUGAGCACAAAUUCAAGGAUUUAAGACAAAACUUGAUUUGCCUGAUUCUCAAAAUGUAAACUUAUCGAUGUAGAAGCGAGGUGCUUCUUAUGACUGUGAAACAAAAUAGUCGGUCCAAGACUGUCAGGAUUACUUGCGCUCUAGGAAACGGUCAACAACUUCUCACCAGAUGAGGCAUCGUCAACAGUACUUACAAUUGCAGAGCCUGUGACACAACAGACAACCCCCCCCCCCCCAACUUUUUUCCCCCUAUCCCUUUUCACCGGGUCCUGUGAUCUGAGAACUCGUAAUGGUAAUAGUGUCAGUAUCUGGCUGGGCCAGAUAGGAUCCUUACUUUAAAGAAUGGGGCUUUACCUUAUUUUCCUCAGUGUUAAUUAAUCCUUAAAUAAUACGUGCUUGGCUAUGCUGCGAAACACAGAAUAUGUGAUAUGUGCGUCUUACACACAUCUCUGAGAGAGAAACCGCGGCCAAGUGGGAUAGGCAUUCAGCGUGAAGAUACGAAGUGGGGAAUUUUUUUUUUUUUUACGACUAACUUUUAAGUUAACAACAAGUCUAGAUAUUGUACGCGCUUCACUGAAUCUCUUAAUUCUACCACCCCUUGACUGCUGAGAGACUAGUACUGGCAGUGGUGUUAUGUGCUGGGUGUGUAAAAAUAAACUUAAUGUCUAUAAUUACCCAAUGUAUUACAAUGCGUUAUACUUAAAUGAAAUUUGUAAAGGUGUAUUGCGUUUGUAUGUUAACGUUGUACAUGUAUUAUAUGCGAAUGGGCUUAGUGUACAUGUCAUUUACAUAAUGUAUUAUAUGUAUGUAUAUCAAUGUUCACUAAAAAGUAUUUUCUUCUAAAUCAGCUGUGCUGGUGCUUAACAUAAAUCGUUUACAGUUGAAUAAUUAUUACUAUCUCGUUUACUACAGCGUUUACGUGCAAGAGCAGAAUGUGUGGUCGUGUAAUUGAUUUUUGGUUUUUUUUAGUUAGUGUGUCAAAGUGCAGGGAGGGGGUGGGCAAAGAAAAAUUCAUACUGAAUAAAAUCGUAUGAGUAUGUUUUUGCUUUAAUAUACUUUAUAUUUUGUAUUUAAUUGUCUUGUCACGCGGUGUAUAUAUUUGGACAGUGAAAAGGGGCCGGGAAAGUAUCAGGGAGGUAGUUUGUGGCUUGGUGUUGUUCUGCUCAGGCAAGAUUGUUUUCUAUUUUUCCUUACAGGCUACUUCAAGGAUAAAAGGAUUUUAAUUUGAUACAGAUGCAGUAUCGUAUUGUGUGAAUAAUGAACUGCGAAAGGCUAUUGACUUGUCAAGAACUAUGUACCCAAAAUUGUUACCAUUAGUUGUUCACUGUACGUUGGUCUACCUCAAGGGACUUGGUUGGAACUAAAGAAUGCAAUAGCCAGCGAAGUGAGUUUCUGUGAGGUCAUUGAUCUUUCAAUAAAUGAAGGCGACUUGUACGAGAGGGAAAGCAAGACUAUUAACGUUAUUUUAUUUCGAUGGCUAAGUGCAAGACUCCUACAAAAGCCAAAAUGAACAAUGGCGUUUGUCAGUCUCUCAUCUUGUCAUCGAUUUACGGUUAUAUCUCUAAGGAAGGGGUAUUCUCUGAAAGCAUUUAUGAUAUGCCAGCUUUUAUAUUGCUUCUGUCUUGUGCACAACUCUCUACGUCCACGGCGUAUUGUCAAAGCUUUAUACGAUGUACGAGUGUUUGGUGUUGAUGUGUAAACCCUACAAUUGAAGUAUGAUUUUUUAAAAUCAGCUUGAAUAAGAUUGCUUCCAACUUUCCACCUAUUUCAUUAUGCUUACAAUCAGACUGUUAGAACGACUGGGAUAAAUGGCUGGUCGGCUUUUUGUCUACUAUUGUGUGCAGUUGGUUAUGAUUGACACUCCAUAUUUGAACUCUAAAGC